CAAUGAAAACAUAUAAAAAGUCAAAGAAAAGCUGUUCUUUUGACGAUAUCAAAACAUAAUGUAUAAAUUCCACUUUGUCUUUAGUGCUCUCAUCUCUGCACUUAUUCUGCAAGAUGCUCUCGCUCAAGGAACCAACGUUCAUGCUCCAAAUACUCUUCAUGAUGACUGGAGCAAGUUUUUCUUUCUUCUUUCUGAACUGAAGAAUCUUGGAAACCCUGAUUCACUUCCAAAGCAUGAUGUUCAAACUCCUGUUGUAUCCUGGCAACCUGCUGAAGGCUCUCCCGGGCCUAGUCAAUUCUCACCUAAGCAUGUCAUUAAACAUGCCUCUAGAGCAUUCUCUCGGAAAAGACACCCUCGGGCUACUUUUGAAUCCCAAACUGACCAUCCGCCUGACACAAGGGCAGUUGAUGAUACUGUUGUUUUGCUAUCUGAUAUACAAAGUAUUGGCUCGGCACCUUUAUUAUCUGGUUUAACAGGCGAUGGCUAUUCCGUAUCCACUCUGCAGUCAAAUAUACAAGGCAGUGACUUGGCAUCUUCUAUUCCGCCUAGUGUACAAGGAAAUACCCCGCGAAAUGAUAUACAAGGCAGUAAUUUAGCACCGUUUAUCUCAUCUAACGUACAAGGAAAUACCAUUCGACAUGAUAUAAAAGGCGAUGACUUUCCUGUAUCUUCUCUUCAAUCUGAUGCCCUAUCUGUUAAACCAGCCGCUACUGGUCAACAAGCUAGCCCUCCAGAUGCUUCGUUACAAUCUUUUACUAACCUUCCUAUAGAUUCCAUUGCACCGUACGCUACAUAUCCAUCGAUUCAAAUACCUGAUGCUCUCCAUGUACCGCAAGCAAAUGGCCAAUCUUCAAUCGCUCAGGUCGGUGUUAAUACGCCUGCCUUCCAAGCACUUCAGCCGAAUACUGCCUUGUCUAGCCCUGGGUCUCCUCGGCCUGUUGUCUAUCCGAUUGCUGACCCUCUUUCGGCUCAAUCCGCUGCGAAUCCACCUGCUAUAUCCGCUAGUGAUUCUCCCGUUACUGCCUCUGGGAAUCUUCCAGAAAAUACUCCCUCGCCUCCUGCUGCUCCUACGGCUCCUGCUAGUCCUGUGCCAGAAAAUGCAGCUCCUUCUUCUACAUCUCCAGAGCCUCCUACGAUGCAGUCUAUUGUGAGUCCCAAUCCUAGCCCAUCAAAUACGAUGAUUACGCCUGCCCCAUCAAGUGCUGUAACCACUAGUAUUAGUAUCACAGCCUCUGUCACUACAAGCACAGUGUCAAUGAAGACAACAACUUCAACUACUCGUCUUGUUACUCCAACAGUAAUUCCUUCUAUGUCCAAUGCUUUGUCUGAUCAAAUUAAUUUUGCUGAAUUAUCCCUUAGCCUUUUUAUCUUAAUAUCAUCUGUAUUUUUGUAAAAUGAUAUAAUAAUAAAAGAA